AUGCCCGCCGGACAGCGCACCCUGCUCGCGUCCCUGCGCGCAGCCACCCGCCCACAACGACAACCGCACCCGUCGCUCGUCGCAGCUCGUUCAAUCCCCACCGCGCCCAUCCAAACCCGCUCGCUCGCCUCGCAGGUCGACACUCGCCAGGGAUGGACACGCGAGCAGGUCCAGGAGGUCUACGACUCGCCCUUGAUGGAACUCAUCUUCCGCGCUGCCUCGGUCCACCGCCUGAACCACCCGCCCGACCAAGUGCAGCUCUGCACACUGCUCAACAUCAAGACCGGCGGAUGCUCCGAAGACUGCUCGUACUGCGCCCAGUCGUCCAAGUACGCGGACAAGGUCGGUCUCAAGGCUGAGAAACUCACAGACGUCGAGACGGUCCUUGCCGAGGCGAGGAAGGCCAAGGAGAAUGGCUCGACGAGGUUCUGCAUGGGCGCGGCGUGGCGGGACAUGAGUGGCCGGAAGCGUGGGUUUGAGCGCAUCCUCAAGAUGGUCGAGGGCGUGCGUGCGAUGGACAUGGAAGUCUGCACGACACUGGGCAUGCUCUCUCCCGAGCAAGCCCAAAAACUGAAAGAAGCCGGCCUGACAGCGUACAACCACAACCUCGACACCUCGCGCGAGUACUACCCCAAGGUCAUCACCACGCGCAAGUACGACGAGCGCCUCGAGACGAUCGAGGCGGUUAGGAGUGCCGGGAUCAGUGUGUGCAGCGGAGGGAUCAUUGGGCUGGGAGAGAAGGACGGGGACCGCGUUGGGUUGAUCUACGAGAUGAGCCAGCUCCCCGAACCCCCCGAGUCGUUCCCCGUCAACGCCCUCGUCGCCAUCCCCGGCACGCCCCUCGAGCAGAACGAGCGCGUCACGAUCCAGGAGUUGCUGCGCACUAUCGCGACCGCUCGGAUCGUCCUUCCUACCUCCAUCAUUCGCUUCGCCGCCGGCCGCAUCAGCUACACCGAGACGGAGCAGGCCAUGGCCUUCAUGGCCGGCGCCAACGCGAUCUUCACCGGCGAACGCAUGUUGACGACCCCAACGUCGGGCUGGGACGAAGACCACGCGAUGCUCGGGCGAUGGGGCCUCAAGGGGAUGGGUUCGUUCGAGAGUACGACGGUGCGGAUGAAGGAGGACAAGCGUGCGCUCGAGGCGACUGAGGCGCGCAGGUCGUCGUCGGUCGGUCAGCAGGGAGAGGUGGUCGGUGAGUCGCAGGCUGCUGCGACGCAGACGGUCGCUGCUUAG